UCUUCUCCAGGUGACUCAGAGAAGCAUCUGAUCAGCACAGACUCCCACCUCGCUCUGGUCUGUGGCGCAUGCGCAGUGCGUCGCUGUGAGUCGAGCGCAUCGUCGGCUGUGCGGAGUGAAGAAGAGCAGCUCCAGCCCGGUUAUGACAGAUGUGAAGCAUGACUUCCUGCUCAGAGAUCUGUGGGUCGGAUUACGCUGAGCAGAGCCAUGGCGCCCUCAGCAGCGGUUACCAGGGUUACGGGGUGCGUUCCUACCUGCAUCAGUUCUAUGAGGAGUGCACUGCUUCCAUCUGGGAGCGCGAUGAAGAUUUUCAGACACAGAGAUCGCCGAGUCGCUGGAGCUCUGUGCUCUGGAAGGUCUGUCUCGCGCUGGGCGCUCUGAUUCUGGUCGCGGGGUUAUCCGUGCUGCUGGUGGGCUACGCCACGCCGCCUCGACUCGAAGCGUUCGGAGAAGACGAGCUGCUGUUCGUGGACGGCCGCGCGGUGCGCUUCAACCGGGCCCUGGACGCCUGUAAGCUGGCCGGCGCCGUGCUGUUCUGCGUGGGCGGCAGCGGGAUGGCGGUGGGGCUGCUGCUGGCCGCCUGCUCUCAGGGCAGCUCCAAAGAAGAGCUCCGUCUGCAGCAGCGCUUCAAAGAGCGACUCGCCGAGAUCCAGGCCUCCGUCCAGCCCGUCACCCGCGCGCCCACUCCGGGAGAGGGCAAAGUGCCCGUCACGCUCUCCAAAGUGCAGAGCGUCCAGCCCGGAGCGGAAACCUGACCUCUCGCCACCCAAACCGCCCGUUAAACGUCCGAUGGUUUCGUGCAAAACUAAACAACCGUUCCAGGAACAGUAGAGAUAGAUAACACUGCACUUUCUCUGGCGCAUAUCAUUCGUCUAUAUUGAGCAAGAGUACCGAGAGUAUUUAUGGAGACUAACGUAAGCGUACCCCGUCGAUCAUCACUGGUGCUCCUGAAUAAAGACAUACAGCACAAAUAUACUCGCGUGCUACGGCUAGGAAUCAGAACACCUUUAGGCAGCUGUUCCAAAGAGCAACAUAUUCUUUAGAGGCGUCAAGGCAUGUGUAUAUUAAUACCGAAUAAGCGAGAAUAGUUUCUCUAUUACAAUGAACCCGAACACAGCCUCUCGCCGUAAUCGCAAUUUCCAUCGUGAUAUAUGAGAAAAGUCACUCGGUAAAACUCAUAAACAAGCAGAACGGAGGGCUGCGCGUUAGCGGCUAAUUCAUCACGGCUGUCUUACUAACAUUGUCAACAGAAACUACAAUGAUUUGUCAUUGCUCAUUCAGAAAGCAGCACGUUGGUUCAGUGCCGUCACCUAAGGUGCAAUUUUUCUCCGAAUCUCUCCUAGCGAACGCUUCACGCUCUAUUGCUACAGUCAAUCAAUAGUUAGUUGACAAUGCGAUGCGUUCCAAGCCACAAUUUCACACAUCUCAAUACCGCGCAUCCGUUAUACUCAAAUACAUCACCGCCUGCGAUAUCAAGGAGUGAAAAUAGAUUACGGUUAAGUUCGCCUGUGGGAUUAUGUAAUAUCCUCUCAUUGUGUUGCACAUCAUUCUUGCACCAGCCUCGGUUUCCUCAAGAGGACAUUAAGCGCAGUCACUGUCUGUAGGUAAUUACACUCAUCGCAGCGGAGCCCGUUAGGACCAUCCGUACGCUGAUGUUCUGCUGGAGAUAACGCCACUUUUUCUCUCUGUCUGCCUUUCUUGUUUUGUGUUUCUCUUUGACUUCAUAAUUAGAGUCACGGAUUGCUUUUGUUUCUAAAGUAUUUGUGCCACUCAGUUAUUUGCUUCUUAUUAUUGUUAAUUUUUUUUUUUUUGCAUUGAUUGGUGCAAAUGUUGCAUGAUCACAAUUCAGCGAAACAUUGUAAACUACUUUCAAGAAGGUUGAUAACCGUCUCUGUUGCUUCUGAGCGUAAUCUUUUGUGUCAUUUAUUGAUUAUGAAUUAUCAUUAAACAUAUGUAUUCAGAUGUCUGAAAAUGACAAGGCUUGCUAAUGAUCUUCUCGCACCAAUCGCAGGAUAUUUAAUAACCGAAUCUCUCCGACAGGCUUAAAUGAAGUCUAAAAAUAUUAAAUUUAUAAUAUACUGUAUAGCAGCUGCUUCAAGAAACAAUUCUUCUUGUUUAAACAGACAUAUGUGGAUGUGUUUUCAGAGGUGUGUCGAUCAGAAUGCUGGUAAUCGUCUCAAAAGCUUCUGGUUUGCUUUGUCCGUCCACUGUUGGGAAGGAGACAGAAGGAAUCGGAGCUGUUCUUGUUCUUGGAACAUGUCUAUUUUUCAGCAAACAGAAUAAAAAUAACUGUUUGUUACCGUCA